AUGAGUAGCAUCGCUGUCGGCACUCUGGUUUGGAUUUCUCUGCAACCGCUCAUACGCCUGUUCUUGUGUGUAGGCUGUGGAUUCGCGAUCACAAAGGCAGGUUUAUUUCCCGCCGUAGCAGCUCGUGGGGUGGGGCAAAUCAUAAUAAAUGCUGCCCUUCCGAACUUGAUGUUCUCAACGAUUGUACCAUCAUUCAGCUCAUCAAAUAUUCCUGAACUUGGCCCUCUUGUACUCAUCGCGCUGAUCUAUAUGCUGAUCGGCACAUUGAUUUCUUGGAUCAUCAAGCAGCUCUUUUGGGUUCCCCACAGAUUCCGGUAUGGAAUUCUCGCGGCUGGAGCAUGGGGGAAUAUCGGUGAUAUCCCUACCUCGGUGACCCUGAGCGUAAUGGCCUCAGCUCCUUUCAACGGAGCCAAGGACGAAGACCUUGCAGUGGGUUACAUCGCCGCUUUUAUCCUUGUGUUUUCUAUCACACUGUACCCGCUUGGCGGACACCAUUGUGUAAUGAUGGAUUUCGAUGGUCCUGAUUUAGAAGAUGAUCAAGUCAAGGAGAGGCUGAGCACCAAGCACUCGAAGGCUCUGUCGGGUCUAGCUGCCGGAUUCGUGCACUUGAGGCGAAUCUCUCUCUUCAAUCAUCCGCCAGUCAAAGAAAUUCAUACCGAAGCCGGUCAAACAACCGGCGAAAAAGAGUUUCCUCGUGUGACAUCCACACAUGACUCGGAGCGCACUGUGACCACAUUUAAUAAUCCACCGGGGCAAGAAGAAAUCGGAGGAUUAGCAUCGGCGGAUGAACAUUCGCUGUCCAUUGAGUAUCUGGAUCCUAUUUCUCCCUCACCCACCGCCGUUCAGCCCGGGCUGCUUAUUACUGACGGAUCCCAGAAAUUUCUCAGUCUGACCUUUGGAUUCCUGCAAUCCCUCAUGUAUCCCCCGUCUUUAUCGAUCAUCCUCUCAUUCAUAAUUGCCGUUAUCCCUCCAUUGAAGGCGCUUUUUGUCUCCGGCGUUCCGGGCACCCAUAUACCUACAGCACCCGAUGGCGAACCUCCACUCGCAUUUAUCAUGAGUACGGCCAUAUUCAUUAGUGGUGCAUCAGUACCAAUGAGCUUGAUGGCCCUUGGGUCUGCUCUUGCCAGACUAAACAUCCCGCGAAGCCAGUGGAGUUCUCUCCCUCUCAGUGCAAUCGGGACUUUGGCUAUUAGCAGACUCGUUCUAAUGCCCAUUCUGGGCAUCCUAAUUUGCCAAAAAUUCACCCAUAUCGGACUGAUAGAUUCCUCCAACAAUGUCCUCAGAUUCGUCUGCAUGUGCGUCUCUUCGGAUAUUUGCGGCCUGAGUCUUUUGACUCAAGUAUACUCUGGGACGGGGAAUGCUGAACAUCUGUCAGCGUUCCUGAUACCCCAGUACAUGAUCAUGUUCGUGUCGAUGACAGCCGUCACUUCUUUCACACUUCAUAUUCUCUUUGGAUGA